CAAUCAAACCCGUCAGUGUGUGGACACAAGUUUUGGCAUUGCUGUGAUUGGUUGAAAGUUCUACUACCUCCUUGGAGCUCUUCCUAGUUAGUUGACAGAAAAACUGAAGUUACCCUACUCCUGGAUCACAAAGAGGAAAGCGCCACUUCCUCAGGUUUGUUUUGCAUGCUCUGGUUUAUCUCUAAAGGACAGUGUUAGCAGAAAUGGCGUCACCAGUGAGUUCCAAAGAUAGUAUAUCUUCCGACGAGGACGUUCGGCCGCAACCAGUGGCAAAGGAGCGGAAAAUUCAAGUGUCAAGUCUACCUUUCAGCGUGGAGGCUCUGAUGUCAGAUAGGAAUACGCGCUGCGAUUUUACUGGUAAAACAGAGGGAACUUUGACGGGCACGCCCCGGACGCACGCUGGUUUAUCAAUCUCCAGAGAUUCCUACAGUCCCGAGGGAUUCCCCAUGUCGCCCGUCAAAUCAGAGGCAUCGGAGCAGGAUGAGUCCGUACCUUGGGUAACGAGCCAGAGCUUCUCUCCACCACCACGGCAGCUCAAUCCAAGCUCCUGUGCCCUGAGGAAGCACAAGACCAACAGGAAGCCACGCACCCCCUUCACCACGUCCCAGCUGCUCGCUCUGGAGCGCAAGUUCCGUCAGAAACAGUACCUGUCCAUCGCCGAGCGGGCCGAGUUCUCCGGCUCGCUCUGCCUGACUGAGACACAGGUGAAGAUCUGGUUCCAGAACCGGCGCGCCAAGGCCAAAAGACUGCAGGAGGCCGAGCUGGAGAAGCUCAAGAUGGUCGCCAAACCGCUGCUCCACCCCGGGUUCACGCUCCCGUUCCCCCUCAGCGCUCCGGUCCAGUCCGCCACCACGCUCUACGGACAGUCCUACUUCCAGCGACCCGUGCUGCCCGUUUCGCCCGCGGCAUUCUAUGCCACGCCCAUUGGGUACAGCAUGUACCACCUGUCCUGAGUCCAGCAGAGACCACCUGUGUGAUAUGAAUAAUGGGCGACAGAGACAGGUGAAGCACACCUGGCUCCCAUCGUGUCCUGAGCUUCAGUCAUAUUAUGCAGGCCUGAGUAACACUCUGGGGUGCAGACUUGCAGUCUCUCAGGAGGCCUAUAAACAUCCUGAACAGGUUACUGUAACCUGGCCCCACACACUGAACAGGGUUUACUGUAACCUAGCGACACACUCUGAACGGGGUUUACUGUAAUCUGGCUCCACACGCUGAACAGGGUUUACUGUAACCUGGCCCCACACACUGAACGGGGUUUACUGUAACCUGGCCCCACACACUGAACGGGGUUUACUGUAACCUGGCCCCACAAGCUGAACAGGGUUUACUGUAACCUAGCGACACACACUGAACAGUUUACUGUAACCUGGCCCCACAGGCUGAACAGGGUUUACUGUAACCUAGCGACACACUCUGAACAGGGUUUACUGUAACCUGGCUCCACACGUUGAACAGGGUUUACUGUAACCUGGCCCCACACACUGAAUGGGGUUUACUGUAACCUGGCUCCACAUGCUGAAUAGGGUUUACUGUAACCUGGCCCCACACACUGAACAGGGUUUACUGUAACCUGGCCCCACAGGCUGAACAGGGUUUACUGUAACCUGGCCCCACAGGCUGAACAGGGUUUACUGUAACCUGGCCCCACAGGCUGAACAGGGUUUAUUGUAACCUGGCCCCACACACUGAACGGGGUUUACUGUAACCUGGCUCCACAAGCUGAACAGGGUUUACUGUAACCUAGCGACACACACUGAACAGUUUACAGUAACCUAGCCCCACAGGCUGAACAGGGUUUACUGUAACCUGGCCCCACAGGCUGAACAGGGUUUACUGUAACCUGGCUCCACAGGCUGAACAGGGUUUACUGUAACCUGGCCCCACACGCUGAACAGGGUUUACUGUAACCUGGCUCCACAGGCUGAACAGGGUUUACUGUAACCUGGCCCCACACAGUGAACAGGGUUUACUGUAAUCUGGCUCCACAGGCUGAACAGGGUUUACUGUAACCUGGCCCCACACACUGAACAGGGUUUACUGUAACCUGGCCCCACAGGCUGAACAGGGUUUACUGUAACCUGGCCCCACACCCGCCUGGCUGCCAGGUUCAGUCUCCUAGAACGUGCUUCUGACAGAUUGCCUGAUCAAAUAUGAUGACAUGGAAGCCCAUUAACUGAUUUUCAUUGUUUAUGGAAGUAUUUAUUUCCUUCUGCAUUUUCCAGAGCACUUUUAUUCCUGUUAACUGCAGCACAGUUUUUCCUCAGUGCCAUUUUUCUUACUUCUGUGACAGAAAGGUGUCAUGGUCACAUCCGUCAGCAGCGAACUUUAACAUUGUAUAAUCAGAAUGAAAAAUGUCAUGGCCCGCUCAGUACUGGUGUAAUUAUAUUUAUAAUGGAAAUGUAAUAAUCAGUUCAAUUUUUUACUCAAAGCAAAGGGUGAUCAUGUGUCAUGUGGUUUGAUUAAGCACUUGAGUUGGUUUUUUCCAUUUAUUUUGGGUUAGUUUCACCAUGACAGAUUCAACAUGGUUCACUGCAUAAAUAUGCAUCUAUAAUGUGAAAUAAAGUUUUGUGUUUUGGUUACAGGUGGGGCUGCUGGUAAGUCUCUGUCCAGCACUUAUUGCAGUUUGCAGUCUGGCAAUUAUAAAGCACUUCAGAUAACAGCUCUGUUGGGUUUUAAAAUGUCACUGAAAUUUGACCCAGAAUGAAUGUUGGAGAUUUACUGGAACAACAAAAACUGAGUGCAUAGCAUGCAGUGCACACAUGGGAAUAUGCAGAAAGAUAUGCAACAUGUAUGUAACAUAUGUGAAACAUAUCAAUUAGUACCUGAAUGUUCCUUUGAAAGGACCAGUUCUGUACAGUUUUAUAAAUAUUAUCAAAGAUAAUGUUCCCAUGUUUCUUUUUGAUAUUAAAUUAAAAUGUCU